GAGAACGAGAGCAGAGGGAGGAUCCGUCUUUCUUUUCACUAACUCUGGAUCUGAGCUGAGGAGAGACUAAUGAGAAAGCAAUGAGCUGCUCGGAGAUCCUGGACUAAAGUGUGAGUCUCUCGUUCCUGCAGCCUGCAGCAGAUUUACAGCUGAACUAUGACGACGUGAAGAGAGUUUCCUCUCGUCUCUCACACAAGACCAACACACUCUCCAGCCAGCCGAGAUCUUCUCACUUGUGUCUCAUUCAAGUACAGGGUUUCCCCCCUAAAAUCUCAGACAAGCCUGUAGUGUCCCAGCUAACCGAAAUAUGUUCUAAGAACGUUGUGCUGACGUUCCCACUAAACAUUAUUUCUGAAUAGUCUCUGAACGUGAAUGUUCAGUUUUUUAAAUGUUUAAAAACAAACUUUUUUUCUUGGUUAUGUGAACAUUAAAGGAACAUUGUUUUAUCAUUCUUCAAACAUUACAGGAAUGUUCUCUGAACGUUCUGAAACAAGUAGUAACACGAAUGAUGUAUAGGUAAAGUUUUUGUUCUAACGUUUUGAGAACAUUAUUAAAGACCAGAUAACUUUGAACAAACGUUCUGUAAACGUUACAGGAAGAACGUUUGUUUAUAAAGCUUGAGAGAACGUUAGCUGAAGUUCUGAGAUCAUUCUCUGCUGGGAUCGUCCAGUAGGAGUUUAGAGUUGUGAUUCCUGGUGAAUCUGAGUUUGUUUGGAAACUCUGCAGGAGGAAAGUUUCUGUGUCUCAGGAGCAACAUCUGAGAUAUUCACAGAAGCCUCAGUUUCUCUCACUGGAAUCUCAGCGCUGGAUUGUUGAUGUGUGGCUGAAGCGUCUGCUGUCCUCAGGGUUGGGCAUUUAAUGACAAGUGCUGCGUGAAGCUUUACUCCAGGAAUGUUCAGUGUCUCCACCCUCCACACACACACACACACACACACCCUUCACAGUCACUUUCAUUGAUAAUUCUCACUGCAGAUCCUCGGUUUGACCCAAGAAGGAACGGCUCUGUCGAGUCUUUGUGUUGCAGUAGUAAAUCACACAUAAACGAGGAACACAUGUACAGCGGGACAGAGAGGAACGCUUCAGACAGAUGAACUGCAGCGGAUGUGAAAGAGAGAGAGAAGAGAGGGUUAAAGAGAUUUAGAGCCAGCAGGACGGUUUCUGAGACGGAUGUGUUCAUCAUUCCUGCACGUCUCCUCACCUCGCUCCACUUCACACUGUUACUGACACUGAAACUACUGAGAGUGGCCAGCAAACUAAUACUGACUCCUGAUAAAUGUGUCGUGAGCUGAAUGAAGCUUUGACUGAGUUUAUCUGAGAUCUCACACCUGCAUUACUUCAGCCUCAUAUACUGUAAGACAUCAAACACUUUACUCUAAACUUACGAUAUCCACAAUCAUAUUGAAGAGCAUUAACUUAUAAUUAUUCAGUUAUUCUACAAAUACUUUCAGUAAUUUCUCCAGUUAAGCGUCUGUCCCUGAAAUGACCGAUGCAGAGAUCCGCACUGGUCAACACUGAUAAUAAUCAUAAAUGUUUCUUGAGCAUCAAAUCAUCAUAUCAGAAUGAUUUCUGAAGGAUCAUGUGACACUGAAGAUUCAGCUUUGAUCACAGGAAUAAAUUACACUUUACUAUAUAUUCACAUAGAAAACAGCUGAUUUACACUGGAAUAAUAUUUCACUGUUUUUAUUAAAUAAUGUGGCCUUGGUGAGCAGAAGAGACUCUUUCAGAAACACAUUAAAACAUCUAAUAACCCCAAACUGACCGCUUGUGCAAGUGUGUGUCAGAGGCACAGUGUGUGUGUGUGUGUGUGUGUGUGUGUGUGUGUGUGUGUGUGUGUGUGGUCCUCUCAGCUGCUUCAGGUGUGUAUCCAGUAGGAUCGUGAGCUGUCAAUCAAAGCAUGUGUGAGAUCUGACCAUCUGCUGCUCUGCUGUUUCUCAUGAAUAUGAAUCUCGUCUGAUGCAUUGAGAUGGAGGAGGGAUAUGAACUUGACCUCACCUAUGUGACGGAGCGCAUUAUCGCGGUGUCCUUCCCUCAGGACUGCUUCGAGGAGACAUACCUGCGCAACCUGAGAGACGUCACACGCAUGCUCAAGUCCAAACACGCCGACAACUAUCUGGUGAUCAACCUGUCAGAGAGGAAGCAGGAGCUCACUAAGAUGAACCCGAAGACUCUGGACACGGGAUGGCCAGACUUUCACGCGCCUCCUCUGGACAAGAUCUGCACCAUCUGUAAGGCCAUAGAGAACUGGCUGAACGCUGACCCGCUGCACGUGGUGGUCAUUCACUGCAGGGGUGGGAAGGGCAGGAUCGGAGUCGUCAUCUCCUCCUUCGUUCACUUCACAGACGUCUCUGCCAGUGCAGAUCAGGCGCUAGACCGCUUCGCCAUGAGGAAGUUCUACGACGACAAGGUUUCUGCGCUGAUGACGCCGUCUCAGAAGAGGUACGUGUGGAUCCUCAACAGUCUCCUGAGCGGCUCCAUCAAGAUGAACACGUCUCCUCUCUUCCUGCACUGCGUCAUCCUUCACGGCGUCCCCAGCUUCGACUCCAGCACGGGGUGUCAGCCGUAUGUGAAGGUGUAUCAGGCAAUGCAGGUGGUGUACGUCUCAGGAAUCUACCGCGUCGGAGCCGGUCACAGAGACAGGAUCUGUAUGGCCCUGGAGCCGGCCCAGCUGCUGAAGGGAGACAUCAUGGUGAAGUGCUUCCAUCAGAGCAGCCGGUCUGAGCGAGACGAUAUAUUCAGAGUUCAGUUUCACACGGGAGCGGUUCAGGCCUACAGCCUCGUGUUUCAGAAGGACGACAUGGAGCACGCCAACAAAGAUGCCAGGUUUCCAGAUUAUGGCAAAGUGGAGUUAGUGUUCUCUGAUGGCCCAGAACGAAUUUCAGGUUCAGAGCGCUGGGUGAACGGUCCAGAUGUGACCGUCGACUACACCAGCACGGAUUCACUCUCUAAAUGGGACUCCUAUGGGAACAUCUGCAGUGAAGCGGCUCCGCUCCUGGACAGAUAUUCGGUGAAGAGAGACUCCAGCAGGGUCUCCACGCCCUCCAGAUCCCAGCAGAGCCCCGAUCACACGCUCUCGGCCAGCACCGACUCCGGCCUCUCCAGCGCCUCGCUGCGCACCGACUGCUGGCCUGUGCCUGGGCCGAAAGCGCCGCAGCCCAGCCAGCAGGAGCGAGUGGAGCUCAAGCGGCUGCUCAGCGGCUUCGGUGUGGACGAGGCGAGCCGAGGCUGUGCGCUGACCGCCGGCCCUCCGCAGAUACACAUAAACGGACGCUCUCGGCCGAAAGAGCGCGAGACGGACAUCCUGGACGACGAAGUCCUGACCUCGCGGCACGACUUGUACAGCGUGGACAGUCUGGGCACGCUCUCCUCGAAAACAUCACACUUCCUAUCACAAGAUCCUGGCCGUAUGGACGAGUCCGCGCAGCAGCACACGACGGCCAUGGACGAGUACGAGCAGAUGGACGUGCACAGUCACAGCUUUUGUGCUGUCAGUCGUCUUCACAUUUACUGUGAUGCGUUUAUCCAGCUGUUGACCACUGACAGUAUUAACAUGAGUUGUCACUGUGCCUGUGUUUCCUCAGAGGACGGUGAUGUGACGGAGCUCAGCGGCGCUCGUGGACACUCGUCCUGGACUCUGGAUCACAAACACACACUGACGCCGAGCGCUGAUCCUCACACACAGUGUGCAGCAGUGUUCAGAGCAGACGGUGUUCAGUACUCCUCUCACACUGAACCGGACACCAGCAGUGACGUGAUGCCCACAACGCCAGCGUUCCCCAUCUCACCAUCCACUCCAUACGUGAAGAGCGUGAUGAUGAACUUUCCACCGUACAGACCGACUCUGUCUCCUUCAUUUGGAUUCUAUAGAGCUGAACACGACCUGAGAGAGAACAUAGGAUUUAUGGGACACACGGCUUCAGAUGAAGCUUUGCAGCAUCCCACUGUCACAGCGUACGUCCAGCCGGCCAUCGGUGAGGUCAUGUCCUUCUCCGACAGCUACAGGUCUCCGCAGUCCUUCUCUGCUCAUCCCUCGGACUCCGUGAGCUUCGCCCCAGUGUCUUCUGUCGCGUCACAACACUCUCUUCCUGCUCCGAACGCCCACAGCUCUCCUCUCAGCGGCCAGAGAGCCAAAGUCUUCCAGCAGAUGUUCGAGGAAAAGUUCAGCCUGGAGGGACUCGACUUCCAGCUGCCGCCUCAGAACCCCCCGCUGACGGCGUACGACGGCGAGAACUCGCAGGGUUCGGCGUCCACGUCUCCCAGCGGCUUCUCCAGUCCUCACAGCGGGAGCUCUCUGAGCAUCCCAUUUCCCAGCGUGCUGCCGGAGCUACAGACCAGAGCCAAUGCCGGCUCUUCCCUGCCUCUUCCAGAUGUGCUCUCAAGCAAGCAGUUGACGGUGAAGUUCGUCCAGGACACCUCCAAAUACUGGUACAAGCCAGACAUUGCGAGAGACCAAGCUAUAGCGGUGCUGAAGGACACAGAGCCCGGCUCCUUCAUCGUUCGGGACAGUCACUCCUUCCGCGGCGCUUACGGACUGGCCAUGAAAGUGGCGACGGCACCUCCAUCGGCGCUGCAGCAGAGCAAGAGAGGAGGAGACCCGUCCAGCGAGCUGGUGCGGCACUUCCUCAUCGAGUGCACGCCGAGGGGUGUCCGGCUCAAGGGAUGCCCUAAUGAACCCUACUUCGGCAGUCUGACGGCUCUGGUCUGUCAGCACUCCAUCACUCCUCUGGCUCUUCCAUGUAAACUCAUCAUUCCUGACAGAGAUCCUCUAGAGGACGCUGUUAGUGCAUCUUCACAGUCCAUCACCAAUUCUGCCACUGAACUCUUGAAACAAGGAGCAGCCUGUAACGUGUGGUUUCUGGGUUCGGUGGAGAUGGAGUCUCUGACGGGGUAUCAGGCGGUGCAGAAGGCCACCAGUGAGAUCCUGAGCACAGACUCGCACCCGUCCUCCACUGUAGUGCACUUCAAAGUCUCCUCGCAGGGAAUCACGCUCACCGACAACCAGAGAAGACUGUUCUUCAGAAGACACUAUGCAGUCAGCACAGUCAUAUUCUGUGCUCUGGACCCUCAGGACAGGAAGUGGAAACGAGACGGCUGCACCUCAGCAAAGAUCUUUGGAUUUGUGGCGCGGAAAGCGGGCAGCGGCAUGGAGAACGUGUGCCACCUGUUUGCUGAGCACGACCCCGAGCAGCCCGCCAGCGCCAUCGUCAAUUUUGUCUCCAAAGUCAUGAUUGGCUCACAGAAGAUGUGAUGUCAUGAAGAGGGCGUGGCCUGUCGAGCGGCGCAGGAUCAGAUUUCCUCCAGUGAUCUGAAAGCGAGGAUGAAGCAGACUCUGGGACUGUUUUUGAUCACAUGACAAACCUUCUGAAACUAAACAUGUACAGUAUUUUGUAUAUUUAUGUAUUGAAAGUGUAUGUAUGGUGUACACAGACUUAAAUGAAUUAUUCUGAUUGAAAAUAAAUCUCAAUAUUUGUGUAUGAACAGUAAUGCUUUUUAAAAUAAUUUUUAGUUUUUUAAUUGUUUUCUACUACUGAUGACAUGAACCAAAAACUUCUUUAUAAUGUCAUUGUUUUAGAUAUCUAUAUAUAUUUAGUAUUUUAUUUACUUUUUUACUUGCAGAUUUCCAUUUGCAAAGUUGUUUUCUAGAGAAAAAAGUCAGAACUGUUUAUACUUGAUAUCUAAAAAUGAUAUGCAUAUAAAAUAUUUUAAAAUCUU